UUGGCUUCCCUCUAUAUUAGGUACUUUACUCUUUGCUUCGUGGAUUUGACAGCAGUGGUAGCGCAAUGUUUUGCAACUGGUAACAUUCUUAUCAAUUUGACAUAUUCGUUCACGAUUUCACAAAUGUCAUUUUAGAAUCAAACUGCGCUGCAAAGGCCCGCUUUCGGCUGUUGGAUUUCUUUGUUUUUAUUUUUAUAAAUUAAUGUAACUUAAUCCGUGUAAAAAAAUACUACAAUCAUGAAAAAGGGAUACAAGGUUACUGAUGUGAAGAGAGAAAAGAAAAUUGGCGUCGCGGCUGAAAAUCUGGAAGAGUUGAUCGAGAAAUCCUGCAGAAAGUUAGGCUUCAAUGUCAGCUGCGCAGAAUGCCGGCUAUGUGUGGCGGAGGACGGGACGCACGUCGACGACGACGAGUACCUGGCCACGCUGCCUCCGCAAACGCUCUUUAUAUUAUUGAAAAAUACUGAAAAAAUGGUCACUGACUUUGACUACUACUAUGAUUUGAUCCGGUCACAAAAGAAAGAGUACAUAGAAACUGGGGCUGCAGCCAAGGAGUUCCUUAGCACCAACAUUAAGGAGAAGUUCAAGGUGUUCCAGAGGUACAUCCAGGCUGCUGAUGAUGCCAAGACCAUGCUUAGUGAGAGGGCUCAGGACCCUGACUGGUUUGAAGGAUUAGAACCGUCAGAGAAAACGAAAGAGCAGUCGAUGUCCAAACGCGUUAAAGAACGAAUGCGAGGAUACUACUACAAGACAAAGUCUGCUCUCCAGGCUUCCGACGUCUACAUACACUCGAAGAAUGGCCGAGGUAAGAAGCUCAUAGACCAGUUCCUAACAGAUCUGCGGAACAUUCUCGAGUCUCACAAAUACAACGAGACUUACUUCAACCGCAAAGCAAACAAAAACGCGCGCAUUUGCGACGAGAGCGGCCUGUUCCAAUGCGGCGGCCUCUGGAGCACCGACAAGUGUCUCUACGAAGGCGAGCACGUCAUCAACCCCUACAGGAGCCGCGAGGAACGCAUCAUAUUCCAAACAUGGAAUCUCGACCAUAAGAUUGAGCUAUCAAGGUCUAUAAUCCCGAAAAUUCUCCAAGCGAUCGACGCCUUGUACAGCGGUGACAUUAAAUGUAUUUCAUGUGAUAGGGAUUCGAAGGUAGGCGGCAUCGAAGCCGAUAGGUAUUACUUGCAAAUAUUUACGCGCGAGAACCUUAAGCUGGUACACAUUGUGUGCCAUUAUAAAGGCAAGCAUGACGCCGAGUCGGGCGUGUACACUCUGUGCAAGAAAUGCUUUGGCGGCCAAAGUAUUGAAUAUAAGUAAGAGAUGUGUCUAAAAAGCGUUCAAUACAUAUUUAGGAUUUAGAGGCGUAUUUUGUGACGCGAGAAAAAUUGCCCAGUCCUUAAGAUUUACGAGCGUUAUUGUACUUGCUCGGAGUUUAAUACAAGCCUGACAAACGCAACUGUGGCCUGAUAAUAAUUUAUUUUCUCGUAUGAAAUAUGUUCUCUGAAUACUGAAUUUGUAAUGGAACACAUAGCUGCAAUAUUUUUUCAAACAAAGUAUAUUUCUAUUCAUAUGUUAUAUUGUAUUGUAUGCUAUAGACAUAUAUGAUAUUUUCUUCGCAACCUGUGAUAGAAUGAAAUCUUGUUGCGUUGUUGUCUUGCAUCGCUUGAUUUGAUUAUUAUUUUAGUAUUUCUUAUAAUUUAUUAUAUUUUUUUACCAAAGAUCAUGGGAUAAUCAUAAUUUAUAAUACAAAUUGCGAAAGCGCAUUAUAUUUUAAAACUAAACUCCAAUAGAAUCGAUGUCGGAUAAUAAAAUCAGUAGCUACACAAAGAUUUUUAUACCGAGCUUGAGAAAAACAAAUUAAACUUUUUAUUGGACAUUUUGUAUUCUACAACAUCGCAAUGUUCCCGGCUUAUAGUUUGUUCGGGCCUGCUUAGCAUAUCGAAAUUGGUGUACUUUGUAAAAUUGUCCACGAUAUCUAAAACUCGUGUUUUUAUUUUAAAGACUUCGUUUCAGUAGAUAUUUUUUUACGCAAGUUUCAUGAAUUAUUCAUAUUAUCUUUAAGUACGUAUAGCUAAAUAUAUUUUUAUUUGCAAUGUUUAUUUAGCAAUGAAACGGCUAUGUUCACUAGAAAUCAUGUAGUUUUUAUACGUAGUGGUUGUUCCUUUUAUAACUAUAUAUUUAAAACUUUUUAUUGUUGAUAUUAAACCAUUUCUAUUCCUUGAUUGAUCUCCUAACCCUUCAUGACAUAGUAUUAGAGCUAUUAUACACAUUUGUACUUAUUUAAUUAAGUUUAAUUUUUAAUUUAAAUACAUAUCUUUACCCAAAUUUUAUCUUAAUUGAAUUGGAUGUUCCCCGCGACUGCGCUAUAGAUUUUUCUAUAAAAAAUGUUUACGAAAUAUAAAGAAAUAUUUGUGUUUAGAAUAUGGAGCGAUAUUUUCAUAUCGCUCAGGGAUAUUUUCACGUAAACCCAUCAAGACGGAAAAUUAUUAUACCAAAACAAUUUCGCUGCGAGGCGGAAUAACACGAUUGUAGCAUAAUGUAAAAUUAUAGGAAAAUCUAAAGCGUGUAACGACUUCAAGCGUCUUCAGUUGUGGUGUAGGAAUGUAUUGAAAUUUUAUUUAUUUUUACCUAUUAAUGCACCUACAAAUAAAUUCCCAACAAAAAGCACUACGUGCUCUAAAUGUCGAAAAUCGUGCGUUGUGGUGCGUUUUUAGUCUUUCUUUGAAUCUAUGUGAGGACAGAUUGGUUUAUCUUACGACUGCCUAUCUGUUGAAUUUCAUAUAAAAAUGUCUUAUUACAUCGAUAAAUAAGUCCGUUUAUUUAACAACGUUGAAUUAAACUGUCGAAUAUUCGUUUAAUAAAAACUAUAAAAAUAUGGGUCUACCGGGAUACGUCCUUUAAAAUCAGUCCCUUGGCCCAGCCGCCUAGCGACAGCCUAGGCUCUUGAGAUGUUGAUCGAGGCUCUUGGCCAUUAUCCUAUAGUUUUCACGAGAUUCUCAUCAUGAAUGCGGAGCGGCGACAUCUCAUCGGUUAAUUAUUAUUAUUAAGACAUUUUGUAAAUAUUCAAUGCUUUUGUGUUAUAAUUUUGGAUUUGUGUAACGUCUUAAAUUGAAGUUAAAUAUUUUGAUGGCACGUUUUUUACAAAUCUAAGCUGUCCUCAUAUAAAGCCGGUUUUAUUCGUUCGAAAUAUUGUUGAAUACAGGAUUUUGAAAAACCUCAUUAUUGAUACAGGGUUAUUAGAUAGCCGUAAACAAUAUUUUUGUCUAACAAAAUAACCGAAACAUCAUUUAAACGGAAAAAUCGUUAAAUAUCAUUGGAAAUAAAAUGUUUGGAUGAGAAAAUCUUUAAAUUGGAAUGUUUUGAAACCUAUCAUAUUAUGUUUCUUUUUGGAAUUGCUGUAAAAAUUAAGAGAUACGUGGUUUUAUUGAAUACAGAAAGGUCGACGCUGUUUUGGCUAAAUUUGUCGCGUGUAACAACUCUCGCGCACAAUCAACAAAUCCUAAAAACAAGUGUGAUAGGGGUCAAAAUAAAUAAUAAAAAAAACUAUUUAAAUCUCAAUAAAAUUAAAAUGCCACAAAGUAUUUUAAAACCUACAAAUCAUAAUCAAGAAAAUAAUCAUUCCUUAUGACUUACCUACUUAACUAUAUUAUUACGUAGUCUUAAAACUGAAAUGAUUUUAUUUUGAUUUAGGCAAAGCACAAUACGUUUUGAAAACGGCAUAAUGUUAUCUAGAUCAGUUAUCCUAAACAGUAGAUAUAAUCUCUAAUGGGACGUAAAAUUGUUCAUGUUCUAUAAACUUGGAUAAACUGGUCUAGAAUUAAGUUACCUGUUUUUACCAACAGAUGGUGCUAAAAGAGAAUUGACCGUUGCUUUGUCAAGCCAAAUGAUUUAUUUAUUGACUGAUUCGGUACUUGGUACCAAACUAUCGAAUAAUUUAGAAUAUUUUAUAUUUCAAAUCUAUGUAGUUACAAUUUACUUAAUUAUAAUUUUGUGAUUUUUGUAUUAUUUGUAAAUUGAAUUUUAUAAUAAUUGUAAUCUAGAUAGGGCUUAUGAAAUGGAUCGAGGGGUUUUUCCACAGGCUUACCACAAAAUUCGAGAGACCACAGAUUAAUUGGAGUACAUAUUUUCAGCCUGCAAAGCGGGCCAAACUCCUUGCAAAUGGCACUUUUUAUGAAAGUUAUUCAUCUUUUUAUCUUCAUUUCUCACCUAUUGAGGACAGAGUCCAAAUAAUAGAUUUGCAAAAUCUAUACAUAGGUCAUCAUUUUGUAAGCACAAUGUGGUAAGGCCUCUCAUGGUUGUGUCAAGAGUACUGUGCCGAAUUUUCUUAAUAAGUUAUUCUAAGUAAUGUCUUCUUUAUUAUCGAGACAUCUCUAUUUACCUUUCCUAUUCUUAUAUUAAGCUAAAAUGUAUUUCCAUUCUAUACUAUUCUAAUGGCUGUCUAUCUCGCAAUCGUCUAACGGCCGGUUUCAAUAUUCUAUCUAUCUAUCUAAUAUUGGGAUCGAUUUCUGAAUAUUGUUCAAAUUUCGCUGACGACGAUUCUGAGCUGGACCAGUGUGUAAUGUAAGUUAAUAUAUCAGAAAUCCUAUUUUGUGACAAUCGUUUACCAACUUGUUUAGAUAGAUUAGGGUAGCAAUGGAUAGCAAUAUUAAUGUGUAAGCUGUUUGUAGAUUAGAAUUUAGAUGCGUUGGUUAUAAGCGAAUGGUGAAUGGAAGCAAUAAUACUCGUAAAAAUAUUUAAGGGUGGGUUAACGAUAACCAAACCAUAACCGGCCGUAUACUUGCUGCUAGUUGUUCAAAUCCGCUAUUUGACAGCUAAAAAUGGUUCGGUUAUCGUUAAUUUUGAAACUCACCGUAAGAAUGUGUUCCAGCAAAACGAGUAAAUAAGUUUUAGAGCUAUUGAUACCAUUCGCUGAAUAAUCAACGUGGUUAGUGUCAAUAAUAGAAAAAAAAAAAAUAGUGCGAUGUAUACUUUGCUCCAUACAGAUAGAAUGGCUACUUGUUCGUAGAUUCACCAGAAUAAUUCGUUGGUUCCUAACAGCCUUAUUGCAGUUAGGGGAUUGGUGAAAUUCUGACUCAUUAAACUUUUGCAUUAAUUAACCGCAGGAUUAUGUACUUACUUUCAAAGGAAUCUGAACAUGUAAUAUAAAAUUUAUCAAAAUUAUGUUGGUCAUUAAAACAUAGGCAAACAAGUAUGUACAAGUUGAUAUCAAAUUUAAUUUGUAUUGCAUCUGAAUCCAAUGCAAAAUUAUCAAUUUUUAUUAAUCUAGGCACUGAAAGUUUUUAAGAUUGUCCAGCAUUUGUGAUCUUCUACUGUAUGGAGUAAAGUAUAUUUAGAUAAUACUUACUUUAUAGUAGAAGCUUCCAUAGCUUAUAGUGAAGUUGUUUGCGUAGUGUAGCGUGUUGUGUAGACUUCUCGAUAUACAGUAUUAAUCGAUAUACCUUCUCCUUUUUGCCUAAGUAGUUGCGUAACCGUUGACUAAGGGAAAUAUCAUUAUACGUAGUACACUGGUACAAAACUAGAUCUAAUACUGCACAUGUUGAAAUUAGGAUGCUAAUUUAGCUCCAAGGUUAAGUGAUGAAGAGUAUGAAAUGUAACAAUAUUGCGUGUGGAUUGUACAACUGCGAAUUUCAAUAAUGGGUCUAUCCGUUCGUUCCGACGUGCCAUCCAUAAAAAAGUUAUGUAUAAUUAGUUCAAUAAAAGUGAAGGCGUGCCCUUCUUGAUCUCGAUUGAAUGAUCUCUUGUUAAUUUGUUAUAUGGAUUUUUAGGAUUUCAAUAAAUGAUCUUAAAAUAUGAGCGUAAAUAUUGUUACAUUGUAUACAUUUUAAUUUAGGUGAACAAACCCAAACUAGCAAAAUUGUAGAUAAUAUCAACUACUGAGUACUUAGUGAAUUCAUUAUACACCCAUAGAAUUAAGUUAUGAAUUUUCAAUAUCAAGUAAAAUAAAUAGAUCUAUAUUUUGUUCACAUGUGCAGUUCUUGUAAAAUCUAAUUAAUUUUACAUGUAACAUAAUGCCAUAAUUUAUAAAUUUAAAAAAAAUGUAAAACAGUUACUAGUCCAUAACCUUUUUGUUGAAUGAAAUAAAAAAUAAUUUUAAAAAGGUUAACUUGUUUAUUAUUUCAACCCUUUACAAUCUAUGGAACAUAUUCAUAAAAAGUAAUUACAUUGCAAGAAAAGGCGGAGCUCCAGGAAUUGCUAAGUCCUAACUAAGCUGUUUCUUGGAGUAUUUCUGAAUUUAUACAUAGUAGAAUAAUAAUUAUUUAUUCACCUGUUUUUGGUUUAUCCUAAAUCUUGUAUCAGAAAAACAUUUGCUUGUACAAUGCACGUGUACUAAAAUAACUUAAAUAAGAAG